UUAUUAUAUUCACCUUACGAGAGCAGCUGUGCAAAAAAUCGAAGCACUAUCAAUUUUAACAAUUUUAAUUGAUUUAUUUGUUGCAUGUAGAUUUUAAUAAUGACGGUUUUGUAAACAUUACAAGUUGUUGGUAAAUUAAGUAAAAAUUAGAACAACUGUAAUUAAUUGAGAAGAUACAAGAUUGCAAGAUACAAGAUGGGUUUUUUAGAUAUGUUACUAAAAUUAGACGAAGAUGUGCGCAGAGGUCUUUCCCAUUCACAGCAUAUAAUGCUUUUAGGUAUUUUGCUCUAUUUGGCUCGUUAUUGCGCAACUGCAUGUUACGACGAAAAAGGACAGGCCAUUACUUGUAUAACUUCUCCAAUUAAUGCUGCAUUUAAACGUAAACUAGAUGCUACUAACACAUGCGGUACUCCUCCCGAGGGAUUUUGUUAUAUUGGCCCAGAAAGAGCUUGCGAGAUAUGUGACGCAUCUGAUCCAGCUAACAGCCACCCGGUAGAAAAUAUUAAUGAUGCUGAUGUCAAUAGCAAAAUAACCUGGUGGCAGUCACAAACAUGGUGGCAGUCAAACCAAAAUGGAAUUUCCAAAAUGUUUGAACCUUUAAAAGUUAAUAUUACACUAACAAUAGGCAAGAGUUAUUUAAUUAGCGGAGGAGUAUACGUGACUUUUUAUACAGAGAGACCAAAACAAAUGGUAAUAGAACGUUCAAGAGACUUUGGAAAAACAUGGGAUGUAUAUCAGUUUUAUGCAAAGAACUGCCGGUCAGCAUACAAUCUUCAACCAGAUCCAGAAAUAAAUCCUCGAGAUCCAUUUAAACCAAUUUGUUCUCAGCAAUACAGUGGAGAGUUCCCUCGCAGCGGUGGUGUUGUUCAUUUUGAUCCUCGAACACGCUACACACCUAAAGAUUACUACAAUAAAAGUGUUAGUUCAUACUUAGAAGCCACAAAUAUUCGGUUACGUUUAGAAUAUCCAGGGACAGACGGACGAGAGUUUAUAAAUGAGGAGACAACACUUAGCCAAUAUUAUUAUGCAAUUAGUGAGAUACGUGUUGACGCAAGAUGUAACUGCAAUGGUCAUUCAGAAUUUUGUGAUUUUCAAGAUGGUGUUGAAAAAUGUGAUUGUAAUCAUAACACUAUGGGAGAUGACUGCAGUAUGUGUUUGCCCAUGUUUAGUAACAGAUUAUGGAUGCCCGGAAAUUUAACUCAUGCAAAUCCUUGCGAGAAAUGUAAUUGCAACGAACACACUACAACCUGUGUUUACAGUGACCUUUUGCGAACAGGAGUAUGCCAAAACUGUCAACAUAAUACGCGAGGUGUUAAAUGUGACCGAUGCAUUGAUGGUUACUAUAGAAACAUUUCAAGAGACUUAUCAGACGAAAAUGUCUGUAUCCCUUGUGAUUGUUACCCACCUGGAAUAACUGAUGAUGGAAAAUGUUUGCAAAACCCUACAGGGACACAACAACUAGGACAGUGCAAUUGUAAAAAUGGUAUCUAUGGGCGUCGUUGUGAUCAAUGUGUACCUGGUAAAUGGGGGUAUAGCAAAUUGAGUGAUGGAGCUUGCAUAGAUUGCUCAUGUAAUUCAUUUGGGACGCAAAAUAGUAAUCAGUUAUGUGAUCCAUACACUGGGAACUGUUUUUGCAAGUCUUUUAUUACUGGUAGAGCUUGUGAUACUUGCAAAGAUGGUUAUUAUAUUUUUCCAACUUCAAUCAAAAAAGACUGCGUGCCUUGCCCUUGCAAUGUUGGUGGAUCUUUUCCAUCUUGCGAUAAAUCUUCUGGGACAUGUUCAUGUAAACCAGGUGUAAUUGGUUUAAAGUGUGAUAUGGUUGAUUCUGGUUAUUUUUUUCCAAAUUUCACCUACUUGAAGUUUGAGCCAGAGUUUUUGUCACCUAAUGGUACAUUCUCAACAUAUUAUUUAGCUCGCAACUAUGCAAAAUACCACACAGGAUUUGGUUUCAUAAAGCUUGAUUAUGGUCAAUGGAUAUCAUUUCAAUUUCAAGUUCCUACCAAUGCUUAUUAUUUUAUUAUGUUGCGUUACAGUUUGUUUAAUCUUGAUUGGUAUUCUUCUAUCCUCCCCAGUGGUAGGGAAAAUGUGGACUGGGACGGAAAAAAUGAUAUGCAAUUUUAUUUAACUUCAGGUGAUCAACCAGAAAAAUGGGAAUUAGUUGGAAAAAUUAUUGGCGAAAAUAAUAUUGAAGUUCAAAAUGCUGUUUUUAGUAUUGCAGAUUUAAAUAUGGGGAAUGAUAAUAGUGUGGCUUCAAAAUCCUCUUUUUUACUAAAGCAAAAUGUUAUCUACACAUUUUCACUCUAUUAUGACGAGGAUUCAGGACUUUUUGGCAAUCCCUGGCCUUUUUUAAUAGACUCAUUAUCUGUGAUGAUUGAUUAUAAUUUGACUUCUUAUUUUAAAAGUUAUUCUUUAAUUAAUAUUCAAAAUGAAAUUAAAAAUUGCUUUGAAGCUUCUAAAAAUCUGGAAACUACAUACAAUUUACCCGGUUUUUGUAAGCUGCAUACAUUUACUAUUGAUUUAGAAGUUUAUGGAAGAGCUUUAGAGUGUAAUUGUUAUGCACCUGGUUCAUAUAAUUGGAAUCAAUGUGCUGAAUAUGGGGGUCAAUGUCAAUGUAAAGAAGGGUUUGGUGAUCGUAGUUGUGACCAAUGUGUACCUGGUUAUUUUGGUUCACCUGGUGUUGGUUGCAGUCCCUGCCAUUGUUCUGAUGUGGGAAGUUUAUCAGAUACUUGUCAUCAAAUAACCGGCCAAUGUAGCUGUAAACAAAACGCUCAUGGUUUGAAAUGUGAUGAAUGUAAAUUAGGCUUUUAUCACUUGAAUGAAAUGAAUCCAAAAGGUUGUCAAGAAUGUUUUGGCUAUGGACAUUUAGUUUCAUGUCAAUCUGCUAUGGGCUUUAUUAGUACUUAUAUUGAGACCUCAUUUGCAGAAUCCUCUGAUACGUAUGACAACUGGACUCUUCUAAAUGAAGAUGGUUCUGAUAUAAGCAGUUAUAUAUUGCAAGAAAAGGAUGGAAUCGAAUAUACAAAUGAUAAGAAUUACUUGAGAUAUUUUAAUGCUCCUAUGCUGUUUCUUGGAAAUCAAUUGUAUUCUUUUGGGCAGCUUCUUCUUGUAGAAAUGGAAAUUUUUCCAAUGUUUGAAGUACUUGUAUCUAAAGUUCCAUGGCAUGUUCGCUUGAUUGGUAAUGGUCAGGUUGCAUUGUUUCGAUUUAAAGAGACAAUAUCUAAGUUUCGAACCUUAUAUUCUGUGAUAUUGCACCAAGAUUAUAUGAUAAAUGCCACCAAGUUAAGAGAGUUUGAUUUCAAAGCUAUGCUUGGUCAACUAUCUGGCCUGCAUAUUGGCACUUCUUUUUUUGAAGCACCAGUAACAAUUACUUUAAAAAAUGUGAGGUUAUACACUGCUGUUUUUAAUCCUUCUAAUUACAAUAUCUCUAUUAUGGUAGAUUAUGUUGAACUAGCCAAGUGUUUGACUGGUUACAAAGGUCGAUCAUGUGAGGAAUGCGAUGUAGGUUAUACAAGAGUUAUUCCAUAUGGUAGUCCUUUAAUAAAUUGUGUACCAUGUUCAUGUAAUGGCAGAACAAAAGAGUGUGAUCCACAAACUGGAGAGUGUAAAAAUUGCAUGCCAGGAACAAUAGGAAAGUAUUGUGAAAGCUGCAUGGAGAAUGUAUUAGAACCAAAGUGCGACAAAUGUAGACCUGGAUACUGGGGAUUAUGCUCACAAUUGAAUGGAUGCAGACCUUGUGAUUGCUACCUUCCUGGCACUCAAGGUGGAAAUAACAAUGAGUGUGACAGUCUGACUGGUCAAUGUGUUUGCGAUUCUCAAAAAAAUGUUGGUGGAAGACAAUGUAAUCUUUGUAAAGAAAAUUCUUUCAAUAUUUCAUUGACUGUUGAGUUAAGAUGUCAAGAAUGUCCAGUGUGUUAUGGUCUAAUAGAAAAUUCUGUUUUGCAAUUACGCAGUAACAUUCUUCAAGUUCAAAUUCAAAUUUUAAAUAUGGUAUCAAAGUUAUCUAGUAUGACUGUUUCUCCUUUUUAUCAGUCCAUUAGUUCAAUGAGAUCUGAUAUUAUUAAUCUUGCUCGCCGAGCAGAUCAAGGGUUGUCAGUUGCUUCAGGAUUAGAUCUUUUGUGGAAAAGUCUUGAUAAUAGUGUAAACUUGUUUUUAAAUACGCUGUCUAAUUCAACAUAUGCAAAAAUGGAAAGUCUAUUAAUGGGUGCAAACAAUAUUUUUGCCAUACAUAACUCUACCGUGUUUCAAUACUCUGCUAUCUUUAAUUAUUUGAUAACCAGCUUCAAUUUAAUCAAUAACACAGUACGCGCACGAAUGCAACAGCAAGGUGUGGCUUUGGAACAGCUGCGAAAUUUAGGAAAUGAGAUGGUAGGAUAUGUAGCUAUAGCUACAAGAAGAACAAAUGAAGUUCUGACAAAAAAGUAUGACUUAAAACAGAAAAUACAAGUAUCAAUAAAUGCUGCUGUCCAAGCUGCCAGCACUGCAAAAUUAACACGAGAAACUGCAUUUAAUAUGACAUUUACUUUUGAGCCUGUGUUGUUACGGGGUAGAGAAGUUCAAAGUAUUGCAAGAACUUGUCUUGCAGCUAUUCAAGAUUGGUUUCGAAAUGCAAGCAGAGUGUUACUGUAUUCUCAAACUGUGUUAAAUGCCACUACUUCACCAUUAGUUGAUAAUUCAAAGAACAUCACAAGUUUGGGUUUUCUUACACAAGCACUGCGAGAUCGUUUUAAUGGAUUUACAACUUCAGUAUUUUCACUGACAACAAAUGUCAAUUCUGUUGCUUUGGAAAUCACUAAACUCAAAACUUCAUUACACCAAACUCAAAUUUCUGCCAUUGAGCGACGAUCUUCUCUUUUGUAUACCAAUAUUGUAUUAUUGUAUAACAAAACUAUUUUGGCUGUUAAUAUUGCCAAGAAGACAUAUGACGAUGCUUGGUCCAUGUUAAAUACAGUUAAAAACUUUAUGGUUGUUGCUUCUCAAGCAAAGCGAGCUGCUAAUGAAGCACUCACACAAGUUGAUAAUGUUAAAAUAACUGUUGAGUCAGCACUUCAAACAGCAGUCUCUAUUAGCAACCAGCUAAGAGGACCAAUAGCAACGAUAGCUACUGCAUUACAGGUUAGCAAUGCUGCAAGUUUAUCAACUGGUCAGGAAACUCAGGUUAUAACGUCAUUAUAUCAGAAAGCUGUAGUCAUUAACGAACGAACGAAAUCUGCUGUUUCUUUUGUAAAGAGCGAGCAAAUUUUUGUAUACAUCCAGCAAAAUGUCGCUCCACUUCUAGAUAGAUGCAACAGCUACAAAAGCAAGUCGAUAUCAGCAAGGAAAGAGGCGCAAAAUGCUUUGACUCAGAGUCAACAAGCAUUUUCUGUAGCUAAAACCACAGCUGAUCGAAUAAAGCUAUUAGCCUCGAACAUAGACAACCUUCAAACAGUUCAAGUUUCUCAGUUAGAUAGUCUAAUUGAAAAUAUAUAUCAAGGUAGAGCUAAUUACAACAAGUUGAGCUUGUCUUCUGCAUUAGAAAAUCUUAAAAAAGCUAUCGCUGACCAAGACUUGAAAACUAAAGCAUACAAAAUUAAAAAGAGCACGCUUCAAGUUUCAAUAGAUCGGUUUGAAAGUUUGUAUCAAUCUUUAAAACAGGUCUCGUGUUAAAAUCUUAAUUCUUUAAUAUAAGGAAGACGAAAAAACAUCAAUUAAACAGAACAGCUGAGUCCAAAAAAGUGAAUCUUACGAAAGGUGUUAGAAUGUAAAAAUAGAAAACGUACUAAUACUUAGUUGAAGCUGAAAUAAGAAGUUUCUUGUUUAAAGAUUAUUCGAUUGAUUAUUCGACUGAUUAUUCGACAAAGGUGCGCCUUUAAUUGCAUCGGUUUCGAAAUAAGAAAACAGAUGUUGCUCGUCGCAUUGCGAAUUUAUUAGCAUAAAAUCAUAUUUUUUAGGUAUUUAGAAUCUUUUUAUUCAACAAAGACAUGUAGUUAAAUAACAAGUUUAUUAAAUUGUUUAUUUCAUUA